AUGGGGACAGAACAGCUCUGGCAGGGGGAGGUGGGGGGCAAAGUCCGGGGCAGGAACAGCCAGGUGUAUGUGGAGAGUGCAGAAACCACAGCUUCAUCUGAGACAUCCACAUUGACUCUCACCAUGAAAAGUGUCCCAACCUCCACAACUCACACAGAGACCAGGGUGCCAGAUGUCUUUACUGAGACUAUCACCCUUGGAAGACAAAGUAGCCCCUUGUCAGAGUCAUCGGUAACCACGCAGACGGCUGAUCCAGGAGCCCUUUCUUCAGUCUCCUCUGACCACACCUGGGAUGUCUACCUGGGCCUCUCUUCACUUCCUCCCUUGAUACCUUUUACCAUCAACCUCACCAUCACCAACCUGCGCUACGUGGAAGGCAUGGGACACCCAGAAUCUGAGAUCUUCAACACCACCAAGAAGGUCCUGCAGCGCCUGCUCAGGCCCUUGUUUAAGAACAGCAGCAUCAGUUCUCUCUUCACCAGCUGCCAGCUGACCACGCUAAGGGCUGAAAACUACAGGGCAAGUACCAGAAUGGAUGCAAUCUGCACCUACCAUCCAAACCCUACAGACUUCCGGCUGGACAGAGAGCAGCUGUACUGGGAGCUGAGCCAGCUGACCCAGGGCAUCACCCAACUGGGCCCCUACAGCCUGGACAGGAACAGUCUCUAUGUUGACGGUUACACCUAUCUGAGGUCAACACCCACCCCCAGCGCUGCUGGGACCUCCACACUGUUCUCAGGGACCUCAAUGGUGCCAGUCUCCUUCUCCAGCUCCACAGCUACAAACCCUACCUUGAUGCUCUUCACCCUGAACUUCACCAUCACCAACCUGCGCUACACUGACGACAUGGGUUAUCCCAGAUCUGCAAAGUUCAACACAACUGAAAAGGUCCUACUGCGCACGCUUGCUCCUUUGUUGAAGAACACCAGCAUCGGUACCCUCUACUCCAGUUGCAGCGUGAACUCACUCAGGCCCAAGAAGGAUGGAACAGCUACCAGAGUGGAUGCCAUCUGCACCUACCACUCUGAUCCAGCAAACCCUGGGCUGGACAAAGAACAACUGUACUGGGAGCUGAGCCAUGAGACCCACGGUGUCACCCAGCUGGGUCACUACACCCUGGACAGGGACAGCCUUUUUGUCAAUGGUUACACUCAUUGGGCCCUCACCUCCACCCCAAACACUCCCGUCUCCCCAGCAGCCUCUACAGACCUGGCCCCCAGCCCCACAGCUACUGGGCCUGCUUUGAUACCCUUCACCCUCAACUUCACCAUCACGAACCACCACUACAAGGAAGACAUGUAUCCCCCUGGCUCCUUGAAGUACAACACCACAGAGAAGACCCUACAGAACCUGCUUGAAUCUUUGUUCAAGAAUACCAGUGUCCGCCCCCUAUUCUCUGGCUGCAGACUGCCUUCACUCAGGCCCGAGAAAAAUGGAGAAGCCACCGGAGUGGAUGCCAUCUGCACCUACCGCCCUGACCCUGAAAGCUCUGGCCUGGACAGAGAGUGGCUUUACUGGGAGCUGAACCAGCUAACCAGUGGGGUCACCCAUCUGGGCCCCUACACCCUGGACCCAAACAGUCUCUAUGUCAAUGGUUACACUCACCAGACCUUGACCACCACCCCCAGCACCCCAGUCCCCAUCCUGGUGCCAUUCACCCUCAACUUCACCAUCACCAACCUGCGAUACCUGGAGGACAUGAGUCUUCCUGGUUCCUUGAAGUUCAACACCACUGAGAAGCUCCUGCAGAGCCUGCUUGGCCCCUUGUUCAAGAACACUAGUGUUGGCCCUCUCUACUCAGACUGCAGGCUGACCUCCCUCAGCACUACAGUCCCUGGCCCAGCCCUGAUACCCUUCACCCUCAACUUCACCAUCACCAACCUGCACUACACGGAAGACAUGUGGCCGGGCUCUGCCAAGUUCAAUUCCACAGAGUCAGUCCUACAACAGCUGUUCAAGCCAUUGUUCGCCAACACCAGUCUCGGUUCCCUCUACGCCGGCUGCAGAUUGAGCACGCUGAGGUCAUCCCUUCAGACCUGGCUUGUCCGGCUGCCCCAGGGAGAUGGGAAUGCAGGACCUGGCAGGCCUGAGAAUGAUGCAGAUGCCAGCAGAGUGGAUGCUGUCUGUACCCAUCAUCCUGACCCUUCAGGCCUUGGGCUGGACAGAGAGCAGAUCUACAGGGAGCUGGACCACCUGACACAUGGCAUCACUCAGCUGGGCCCCUACACCCUGGACAGAAACAGUCUCUAUGUCGAUGUUGCUGUACCUGUCACACUCUCCUCAGGAACACCAGCCACUCCAAUCCCCUACUUCAGCCCCACAGCUGCUGAACCUGUAUUGCUUCCCUUCACCCUCAACUUCACCAUCACCAACCUGCGCUACACGGAUGACAUGGGACGCCCAGGAUCCUCCAAGUUCAACGUCACUGAAAGGAUCCUGCAGCGCCUGCUGGGACCCUUGUUCAAUCAGACCAAUGUUGGCCCCCUCUACUCUGGCUGCACACUUACCUCGCUCAGACCCAAGAAGGAUGGAGAAGCCACCAGAGUGAAUGCUGUCUGCACCCAGCGUUCUGACCCUGAGGGCACCCAUAUUGACAGAGAGUUGCUUUACUGGGAGCUGAGCAAGUUGACCCACGGGAUCACCCAACUGGGUCCCUACAUCCUGGACAAGGACAGUCUCUGUGUCAAUGGUUACACCCACUGGGCCUCAGCCACCACCAUCAACAGUGUGACCUCCACCUCCUUCCCAGCAUCCUCUCUGACACAUACCGUCACCACCAAGCCCACAGCUGCUGAACCUGUAUUGCUUCCCUUCACCCUCAACUUCACCAUCACCAACCUGCGCUACACGGAUGACAUGGGACGCCCAGGAUCCUCCAAGUUCAACGUCACUGAAAGGAUCCUGCAGCGCCUGCUGGGACCCUUGUUCAAUCAGACCAAUGUUGGCCCCCUCUACUCUGGCUGCACACUUACCUCGCUCAGGCCCAGGAAGGAUGGGGAAGCCACCAAAAUGGAUGCCAUCUGCACCUACCGCACUGACCCUGAGGACACCCAUCUGGACAGAGAAUUGCUUUACUGGCAGCUGAACAAGCUAACCCAUGGUGUCACCCAACUGGGCCCCUACAUUCUGGACAAGGACAGUCUCUAUGUCAAUGCAACUGUGACCACCACAUCCUUCCCAGCAUCCUCUCUGGCAUCUGCCUUCACCCCCAAGCCCACAGCUGCUGAACCUGCCCUGCUGCCCUUCACCCUCAACUUCACCAUCACCAACCUGCGCUACACAGAUGACAUGGGACACCCAGCCUCCUCCAAGUUCAACGUCACUGAGAGGAUCCUGCAGCGCCUGCUGAGACCCUUGUUCAAUCAGACCAGUAUUGACCCCCUCUACUCUGGCUGCACACUGACGUCACUCAGGCCCAAGAAGGAUGGGGAAGCUACCAGAGUGAAUGCCGUCUGCACCCAUCGCUCUGAGGGCCCCAAUCUGGACAGAGAGUUGCUUUACUGGGAUCUGAGCAAUCUGACCCAUGGGGUCACCCAAUUGGGCCCCUAUAUUCUGGACAAGGACAGUCUCUAUGUCAAUGGUUACACGCACUGGGCCUCAGCCACCACCUCCAGCACUGUGACCUCCACAUCCUUCCCAGCAUCCUCUCUGGCACCUGCUUUCACCCCCAAGCCCACAGCUGCUGAACCUGCCCUGCUUCCCUUCACCCUCAACUUCACCAUCACCAACCUGCGCUACACAGAUGACAUGGGACGCCCAAGCUCCUCCAAGUUCAACUUCACUGAGAGGAUCCUGCAGCGCCUGCUUGGAUCCUUGUUCAAUCAGACCAGUAUUGGCCCCCUCUACUCUGGCUGCACACUGACCUCACUCAGGUCCAAGAAAGAUGGGGAGGCCACAAGAGUAGAUGCCAUCUGCACCUACCGCCCUGACCCUGAAGGCCCAAUGCUGGACAGAGUAUGGCUUUACUGGGAGCUGAACAAACUAACCUCUGGCAUCACCCAAUUGGAGCCCUAUACUCUGGACAAGGAUAGUCUCUAUGUCAACGGUUAUACCCACCAGGCCUCAACCACCAUCUCCAACACUGCUGAACCUGGCCUGGUUCCCUUCACCCUCAACUUCACUAUCACCAACCUGCGCUACACGGAUGACAUGGGACGCCCAGGCUCCUCCAAGUUCAACUUCACUGAGAGGAUCAUGCAGCGCCUGCUUGGACCCUUGUUCAAUAAGACCAGUGUUGGCCACCUCUAUUCUAACUGCACACUGACCUCACUCAGGCCCAGGAAGGACAGGGAAGCCACCAGAGUAGAUGCCGUCUGCACUCACCGCCCUGACCCUGAAGGCCCCAGUCUGGACAGAGAGUGGCUUUACUGGGAGCUGAGAAAGCUCACUCACGGGGUCACCCAAUUGGGUCCCUACAUUCUGGAUAAGGACAGUCUCUAUGUCAAUGGUUAUACUUACUGGGCCUCAGCCACGACCUCCAACAUAACUGUGACCUCUACAUCCUUCCCAGCAUCCUCUCUGGCACACACCUUCACCACCAAGCCCACAGCUGCUGCACCUGCCCUGCUUCCCUUCACCCUCAACUUCACCAUCACCAACCUGCGCUACACAGAUGACAUGGGACACCCAGGCUCCUCCAAGUUCAACGUCACUGAGAGGAUCCUGCAGCACCUGCUUGGGCCCUUAUUCAAUAAGACCAGUGUUGGUCCCCUCUACUCUGGCUGCACACUGACUUCACUCAGGCCCAGAAAGGAUGGGGAAGCCACCAGAGUGGACAUCAUCUGCACACAUCGCCCUGACCCUGAGAGCCCCAGUCUGGACAGAGAAUGGCUUUAUUGGGAGCUGAACAAGCUGACUGAUGGUGUUACACAAUUGGGCCCCUACAUUCUGGACAAUAACAGUCUCUAUGUCAAUGGUGUGACCUCCACAUCCUUCCCAGCAUCCUCUCUGGUACCUCCCUUCACCACCAAGCCCACAGCUGCUGAACCUGCCCGGAUUCCCUUCACCCUCAACUUCACCAUCACCAACCUGCGCUUCAUGGAUGACAUGGGACGCCCAGGCUCCUCCAAGUUCAACUUCACUGAGAAGAUCCUGCAGCGCCUGCUUGGGCCCUUGUUCAAUAAGACCAGCAUUGGCCCCCUCUACUCUGGCUGCAUACUGACCUCACUCAGGGCUGAGCAGGGCAAAGCCACCACUGGAGUGGAUGCAGUCUGCACCUACUACUCUGACCCCGAGGGUCUUGGGUUAGACAGAGAGCAGCUCUACUGGGAGCUGAGCCAGUUGACCCAUGGCGUCAAUCGACUGGACUACUACAGUCUAGAUCGGAACAGUCUUUAUGUCAAUGGUUACACCUAUGACGCCUCAGCCACCACUGGGGAAGUCACGGAGAAGCUAUUCACCCUGAACUUCACCAUCAACAACCUGCGCUACUCAGCCGACAUGGGCCGCACUGGCUCCCUCAAAUUCAAUAUCACCGAUACCCUCAUGCAACACUUGCUCAGCCCAUUGUUCCAGAGAAGCAUCCUGGGUGCCCGGUAUACGGGCUGCCGGGUCACAGAACUAAGGUCUGAGAAAGACAGUUCCUGGACAAGGGUGGAUGCUCUCUGCACCUACCGGCAGCCUCCCAGUGGUCCAGGCCUGCAUGCAAAGCAGUUAUUCUAUGACCUGAGCUGGCAGACCCGUGGUAUCACCCGGCUGGGCCCCUACUCACUGGACAAGGACAGCCUCUACCUCAAUGGUUAUAAUGAACUUGGUCCCGCUGAACCUCCCACAACUCCUGAGCUGGCCACCACAGCCCUGCCUCCUCCGUCAACAACUGUGCAGACAGAAGCCACCACAGCUACUGGGCACACCCAGGAGUUCUUCACGCUCAAUUUCACCAUCUCCAACCUCCGGUAUUCACCAGACAUGGGCGACCCCAGCUCUGCCACAUUCAACUCCACUGAGAAGAUUCUGCAGCACCUGCUCACACCCUUGUUCCAGAAGAGCAGCCUGGGCCCCGUCUACUUGGGUUGUAGACUAAUCUCCCUCAGGCCUGAGAAGGACAGGACAGCAACUAGAGUGGACGCCAUCUGCUCCUACCACCCGGCUCCUGAGGGCUACAGCCUGGACAGAGAGCGAUUGUACUGGGAGCUAAGCCAGUUGACCCAAGGCAUCACCCAAGUGGGUCUCUACACCCUGGAUAAGGACAGCCUCUCUGUCAACGGCUAUACAUUCCAGGGUUCAUCGACCCAGAGUGAGUACCAACUGCAUUUUCGCAUCAUCAACCGGAAUCUCAGCAACCCAGACCCUGCAUCCUCAGAGUAUACUGCCUUCCUGUGGGACAUCCAGGACAAGGUCACCACGCUUUAUACCAGCAGCCAGCUGAGAGAUGUGUUCCGCUCCUGCCUGGUCACUGACUUGAAGAUGGGCUCUGUGUUGGUCACCAUGAAGGCCCUGUUCUCCUCCAACCUGGACCCCAGUGUGGUCGAGCAAGUCUUUCUGGCCAGGAGCCUGAAUGCUUCAUCCCACUGGCUCGGCGCCACCUACCAGCUGGAGGACCUGUUUGUGACAGACACAGCGCAGCCAAACUCUACCAAAUACCAGCGGAACAAGAGGAGUAUAGAGGAUGCGCUCAACCAGCUUUUCCGAAAUAGCAGCAUCAAGAGUUAUUUCUCAGACUGUCAAGUUACAGCAUUCAGAGCUGUGCCCUACAGCAACCACACCGGGGUAGACUCCCUGUGUAACUUCUCUCCCUUGACUCGGAAAGUGGACAGAAUUGUCAUCUAUGAGGAAUUUUUACAACUGACCCAGAACGGUACCCAGCUACAGAACUUCACCCUGGACAGGAACAGCAUUAUUGUGGAUGGUCUCCCCUUCUGGGCCAUCAUCCUCAUCUGCUUGGCAGGACUCCUAGGACUCAUCACCUGCCUGAUGUGCUGUUUCCUGGUCACCAUCUGCAUGCGGAAGAAGGAAGGAGACUACGAGGUGCAACGUCGCCGCCUGGGCUAUUACCUACCACACCUAGAUCUGAGGAAACUGCAAUAG